GAAACAUUAUUAUAUAAUCAACAAACAUAUCAGUUGAAAUAGUGUAGAAUUGAAAUAGCACAGAAAACACUUAAGAUAUAUGUUGUUAUAGGAUAAAAAUCUGUAUGUAUGUAUUUGUGUAUUCUGUAUGUAAUAACAGUAAUAUUAGUAAGUGACUCUUCUAUAUCUCUGCUCACAUCUUUAGAUAAAUAGAAGAGAGUCUUUGGCGCAUAAAUUCCUUGCUUCAUGGAGCUUGUCUAACUCACACAGACACCUACGCUCACUCGGACCCGUGCCCAAUUUCUGGAAACAGGGCCUCAUAAAUCUUGGCAGCAUCUCAAAAAUGGCAAAUCCAGUCACAACAACAAAACUGUUGAUCCUACAAGCCCAUGGCGGCGGUUUAUAAAACGGACGAGGCCGACCUUGCUUCACCCGAGGAAAGACUGCACCCCGCAAUCAGGAUGAGUAAGAUCAUAUUUUACGAGGAUAAGAACUUUCAGGGCCGCUCAUAUGAGUGCGAGACCGAUUGCCCAGACAUGCAGCCCCACUUCACGCGCUGCAACUCUGUUCGAGUGGUCAGCGGAUGCUGGGUUCUGUACGAGAAACCCAAUUACACGGGAUACCAGUACGUACUGACCCGUGGGGAAUAUCCCGAAUACCAACGCUGGAUGGGCUACAACGACUCAGUCCGUUCUUGCAGGACCUUCUCUUAUAACCGCGGAGGGCAGUACUGUAUGCGCAUCUACGAGCGUCCUGACUUCCAGGGCCAGAUGAUGGAGUUCAGCGACGACUGCGAGUCCGUGCAAGAGCGUUUCCGCCACAAGGACAUCUACUCCUGCAAAGUGAUGGACGGCUACUGGACCCUGUACGAGCAUCCCAGCUACAGGGGGCGCCAAUACUUCAUGUCUCCUGGCGAGUACAGGAAGUUCAGCGACUGGGGUGCGGCGUGCGCCACCACCGGCUCCUUCCGCAGGAUAACUGAGUUUUAAAUGACCAGAGGUCAUUUCUGUCCAUGUACUAAAACUUCAAUAAAAGAGUAGAA